GUUGGUUUGUUUUCCAUGUCGCUUACGAGUUACGGUACUCACCUACAAUGCAAAAAGAUAAUUGAACUAUAAUUUUUAUAAAGUUAUCAUAUUUUGCCGGCAGCCGGCACCUUUGCGUUUGUUUAAUUUUCGUCAACCACUGAAGCAGCACCAUGGCAGCAGGACCCAUAGCUGAAAGAAAUCAAGACGCUACAAUUUAUGUUGGUGGUCUGGAUGAAAAAGUGUCUGAUACUCUUAUGUGGGAGUUGUUUGUUCAAGCUGGUCCAGUUGUUAAUGUUCACAUGCCAAAAGAUAGAGUAACCCAAUCACAUCAAGGUUAUGGUUUUGUUGAAUUUCUUGCUGAAGACGAUGCUGAUUAUGCUAUUAAAAUAAUGAACAUGAUUAAAUUGUAUGGGAAACCAAUACGUGUUAAUAAGGCAUCAGCUCAUCAAAAGAACUUGGAUGUUGGUGCAAAUGUAUUUAUUGGUAAUUUGGAUUCUGAAGUAGAUGAAAAAUUAUUAUAUGACACAUUCUCUGCUUUUGGUGUUAUUCUACAAACCCCAAAGAUAAUGAGAGAUCCUGACACGGGCAAUUCAAAAGGAUUUGCAUUUAUCAAUUAUGCUAGUUUUGAAGCAUCUGAUGCUGCUAUAGAAGCUAUGAAUGGUCAACAUUUAUGCAACAGAGCUGUUUCUAUAUCAUAUGCAUUUAAAAAGGAUGUCAAAGGGGAGCGACAUGGAUCUGCUGCUGAGAGAUUACUAGCUGCUCAAAAUCCACUUAGUCAAGCAGAUCGUCCUCAUCAAUUGUUUGCAGACGCACCUCCGACACAAAUGCCAAUGAUGCAUCAAAUGCCAGUCCCUCCGCCACCUAUUAUGCAACCUUCUAUGCAAGUGCCUAUGACUAUGAUGACACAACAUCAAAUGGCUCCUCCACCACGCAUUAUGCCUUGGCAAAAUCAACAGGCGCCUCCUCAACCUCCUACAUACCAACCACCACCACCACCACCUCCUCCAAGUUUCAACAGUUUUGCACCACCAGGAUUUCAUGGAGGUUUUGUACCACCUCCUCCUCCUCCUCCUCCAUCACAACAAGCACAGAUGCCACCUCCUUUACCACCUUCACAUCCUGCUUUACCAUCUCAUAUGCAAGGUCAUAUGAUGCCACCACCGCCACCACCAAUGACUAUGAGCAGUGGACCUCCCAUGCCACCACCACCACCCAUGCAACCAAAUAAUAUGAUGCCUAUGAAUUGGAAACCAAGUAUUCCACCACCACCUCCUCCUGCAUCAGCAUAAUAUUUUUAAGUCCAAAAAUGUAUGUUUAUUUAUAAUUAUUAUACAAAUAAUGUAACUAUCAUAUUUUAUCUGAAUGUAAGACCACUAAAUAAUAAUGCAAAUAUCUUUUAUACUUGAAAA